GUCCCUGGAGAAGUCAUUAACACCCUGUGUGGAUACAGGACACUGGAUAAAGAGCGCCUGGAGCUGCUCAACGUCAUCCACGUGCGAGGCUGCAUCCACGCUGUUGGGCUCUGGCUCAAAGACAACUUUGAGGCCACUUUGGGCAUUGUUUGCUCCCUGCUGCUUCCUCAGGUGAUCGGCCUCGUGAUGGCUUGGCUGUAUUGGCAAAAGCUCAACGAGAUCUACUCCAAGCUGGACACCGUUGACUUCAAGAUCCUGGAGAUGCGGGAUUUCAGCUUCGGGGCCGUGGAUCUGAGCGGUGCAGGAUGGUGCUGGUGUUUGCCCAAGGAAGGGGGCUACAUUCCCAUCAAUGCUGAGGAGGAGGAAGAGGAGGAGGAGGAAAGCACCAUCUGCCAAAGCAAAGUGUGA